CGCGCCCCGACGCUCGCCAAGGCUCGGCGCGCCGGCGGUCCUCAGCCGCUCGGGGGACCUGAGGGACGCGCGGCCGCCUGCGGGGCCAGAGGUGCAGCCGGGGAGAAGCCGGAGGCCGCCGGGGAGAUAUUUUAACAAGGAAGAAAUCACUCUCCUCCUAAGAUGGAAUCUGUGAUUUGGGAAUGUGGUUGAUCAACUUGAUAUGCUGGCCAGAUGUGCCCUAUGUAAUAAAAUGAAAAGAAGAUACAAGAUGAUGUCAUUUUCCAAUAUUGUGAAACCAAAAACAAAUGCCUUUUGUGAGACCAGGUUAACAAACCUCUGACAGUACAAGGAGUUUUUAACUGUUUGAAGAACCUAACAGAUACAGAGGGGUGCUUUCAAGCUGAGACCUGCAAGCGUACACUGGUCAAAAACACAUCUUGAGUGGAUCUGAUCAUCCGAGUCUCAUUCAGAUCCAGGAAGAAUGGCUAUGAGUUGGGUUGUCUUUUAUCUUUGGCUCUUGACUGUGUUUGUGGGACAUAUAGGUGGGCACAGUUUAUUUUCUUGUGAACCUAUUACCUUGAGGAUGUGCCAAGAUUUGCCUUAUAAUACUACCUUCAUGCCUAAUCUUCUGAACCAUUAUGACCAACAGACAGCAGCUUUAGCAAUGGAGCCAUUCCACCCUAUGGUGAAUCUGGACUGUUCUCGGGAUUUCCGGCCAUUUCUUUGUGCACUCUAUGCCCCUAUCUGUAUGGAAUAUGGACACGUCACACUUCCCUGUCGUAGGCUGUGCCAGCGUGCCUAUAGCGAGUGUUCAAAACUCAUGGAGAUGUUUGGUGUUCCUUGGCCUGAAGAUAUGGAAUGCAGUAGGUUUCCGGAUUGUGAUGAGCCAUAUCCCCGACUUGUGGAUUUGAAUUUAGUUGGAGAUCCAACUGAAGGUGCCCCAGUUGCAGUACAGAGGGAUUAUGGUUUUUGGUGUCCCCGAGAGUUGAAAAUUGAUCCUGAUCUUGGCUAUUCCUUUUUGCACGUGCGAGACUGUUCACCACCAUGUCCCAAUAUGUACUUCAGGAGAGAAGAGCUGUCAUUUGCUCGCUAUUUCAUAGGACUGAUUUCAAUCAUUUGCCUCUCUGCCACCUUGUUUACUUUUUUAACCUUUUUGAUUGAUGUCACGAGAUUCCGUUACCCUGAAAGACCUAUCAUAUUUUAUGCGGUCUGCUACAUGAUGGUGUCGUUAAUUUUCUUUAUUGGCUUUUUGCUUGAGGACCGAGUAGCCUGCAACGCAUCUAGCCCUGCACAGUAUAAGGCUUCCACAGUGACACAAGGAUCUCACAAUAAAGCCUGUACCAUGCUUUUUAUGGUACUCUAUUUUUUCACUAUGGCUGGCAGUGUAUGGUGGGUAAUUCUUACCAUCACAUGGUUUUUAGCAGCUGUGCCAAAGUGGGGUAGUGAAGCUAUUGAGAAGAAAGCAUUGCUAUUUCAUGCCAGUGCCUGGGGCAUCCCUGGAACUCUAACUAUCAUCCUCUUAGCGAUGAAUAAAAUUGAAGGUGACAAUAUUAGUGGCGUGUGUUUUGUCGGCCUCUACGAUGUUGAUGCGUUAAGAUAUUUUGUUCUCGCUCCCCUCUGCCUGUAUGUGGUAGUUGGGGUUUCUCUCCUCUUAGCCGGCAUUAUAUCCCUAAACAGAGUUCGGAUUGAGAUCCCAUUAGAAAAGGAAAACCAAGAUAAAUUAGUGAAAUUCAUGAUCCGGAUUGGUGUUUUCAGCAUUCUUUACCUUGUACCACUCUUGGUUGUAAUUGGAUGUUACUUUUACGAGCAAGCUUACCGUGGCAUCUGGGAAACAACGUGGAUACAGGAACGCUGCAGAGAAUAUCAUAUUCCGUGUCCGUACCAGGUUACUCAGAUGAGUCGUCCGGACCUGAUUCUCUUUCUGAUGAAGUAUCUAAUGGCUCUCAUAGUCGGGAUUCCCUCUAUAUUUUGGGUUGGAAGCAAAAAGACCUGCUUUGAAUGGGCCAGUUUUUUCCAUGGUCGUAGGAAAAAAGAGAUAGUGAAUGAGAGCCGGCAGGUGCUCCAGGAACCCGACUUUGCCCAAUCGCUCCUGAGGGAUCCAAAUACUCCUAUUAUAAGAAAAUCAAGAGGAACUUCCACUCAAGGAACAUCCACACAUGCUUCUUCAACUCAGCUGGCCAUGGUGGAUGAUCAAAGAAGCAAAGCAGGGAGUGUGCACAGCAAAGUGAGCAGCUACCAUGGCAGCCUCCACAGGUCACGUGAUGGCAGGGCCUUGCACAUGGUACACUCCCUGCAGCUACCGAGGAGUGGAGGAGAGACUACCUCACGGCAGCAUGUCCCGCCUGACGGAUCACUCCAGGCACAGCAGCUCUCAUCGGCUCAACGAGCAAUCUCGACACAGCAGCACCCGAGACCUCAGUAACAACCCCCUGACUCACAUCACACACGGCACCAGCAUGAACCGUGUUAUCGAAGAGGAUGGGACCAGUGCUUAGUCUUGUCUACGGUGACAAUGUGUGCUAUUGGAAAGCAGGUUUUAGUCUUUGCCUUCGCAUGGCUGGCUGCUGUAACUCGCUGUCUUCCUGCUUUCCCUCAGGCAGAGUGUGCCCACUGAGAAGGUAGAGCUUUGCUUUUUGUAUCCCAUCAAACGUGGAGCGUAAACACAGCCGAAACGUUAAGAGUCAUGUCAUCACAAAAAUAAUUCUUUCUAGGUUGUGAAGAGAUGAUUGUCUGGUAAGCAUUUUUUAUAAACCCACUUAUUUUAUAUUUAGAAAAAUCCUAUAUGUGUGGUGACUGCUUUGUAGUGAACUUUCAUAUAAUAUGAACUAGUUGUGAAAUGACAUUCUGGUAGCUCUGUUAAUAAAACAAAGUUUCAGAAUUAAAGAAUAUUUCUAUGCAAGGCUUAUUUCUCAGAUGAAUACUAAGACUUUGUAGGUUUGUUUCCACUGGGUGAAUAAAAGGAGCCGUUUUUUUUAAGCUGUAGAAGACUGUGAUAAGCCAGCAAGGGUAUUUAGCUAGUAGAUAAAAGUGCCAGAAGAGUCCAGUUGGUCUGUGGGAGGUUCUCUCAAAGUCUCUCAAUCUUCCCCAGAGAUGUUCAGGAUGUGGAUUAGCGCUGGAGUAAAGGCAGAGAUGAGCAUUUCCCUGAAGUCGUAUUGUUUUUUCACUUUUGUAAAUAUUACUUUUAUGGGCUAUGUUUUUAUAAUAUCCAUAUGCAUGAUAGAAAAGUUUUAGUUUGUGACCAUCUUUUCCCAGGUAAUUGUAUUGAUUCAUAGACAACUUCAUGUUCAGACAUGUUCUGUGGAGGCAUGCAGUAAGAUAAGCAUCACACAUUAUAAGGGUUUUUAGUGGUAAAAAAUUACAAAAUGGCGAAAUAUUUUCUCUGUAUUCAUUGUUGUAUUUUUCUACAGUGAGAUGUGACCUUGCCAAAGCCAUCAGACAUUGGUAUCCAGGCCCUCCUAAAGUGAGCUGAUUGUCUGCCCUCAAAUUCCCCAGUAGCCAGUUGGCUACCACUUUUGCCCACAUCCCCAUUUUCAGUUUCUAAAUCACUGUUUACAUCUGAAAUAUAUAAUCUAAGUCUAAAGUGGUGAUUAAUUUGGGUUCUUGAAAAUCAUUGUGGCUAAUGGAGCAUGGUUAUUCUUUUUGUGAAUACCUUUUCAUCUUAAAAAUAUCAAGUAAAAAAAACACUUGACAUUUUAUCUUAUAAAACUUAAAUGUCUUAGGAUAUGAACUGUGAAGUUUAUUGGGUAUGAAACUAAUCAGAAAGAAAAAUUUUGUAAAAUGCUAAUGUGUUAUUCAGAAACAGUGAUGCUCAGCCCUGAUUGCAGAUAAAACUCACUCUGGGAACUCUUGUUAGCCAGCAUCUUUCUCUCGGGUGAGAGUUUAUGCUUUAAAAACACAAAAGCUUUCCAAGUGAUUAUUAGCAGCCAGACUUGAAGCCCAUUCUCCCAAGCUCGCUGUCCCCUAAUGAUGGGCUGAUGGCGUCACAUCUGAUCAUGGGAAGAUCCAUCCAGACUCAGUGAUACACUUUACAUUGUUACCUAAUAUACAUACUGUUGUUUCUACUUUAUUAUCCAUUAUAAAAUGCAGAAUUCUCAGCUCUCAUCCUUGAAGAUUCUUACUGAGUAAGUCAAGGGCAGUAGGAGUUCACAAGUUUGUGUAUCUAAAACACCACAGAAGAUUCUUAGCAGGGUAUCCAAGAAUCACACUCAGAAAAAAAAAAUAUUCUAGACUCUGGAGAGAGAGGCAUGGUUUUGCCAUAUGCUAGCUUUCAACUUUGAACAAGUCAGCCUCCUUGAGCCUAGCUCCCCUUGUUUGAAAAUGAACACUGAAGAUGAAUAUCUACUCUACCUACCUCACUAAGUUGUCAGAUUAAGAUCAAAUGAAAACAACCACAUGGAAGCUCUUUGAAACUGUGAAGCAUUGUGGAAUAUGAGAUUAAGGUUUCUGAGAACUUAGAGCUUUAUUAGAGGUCUACUGUAGUACAUUUCUUGACACACGUUUAAUUCAUGUGUACGCUUCUCUCACCCUUUAAAAUUAAGAGUUCCCGCCUGACAGAAGAGCCAGUUUUCUGGUCGUCAUGACUUAUUUGUGUCAUGCUGCUUCUUCAAAGCAUAUAUCAGUAGAGAUUACCCAUUCUUCAUAAGACACAUUUGAGCACGUACCCCAAAUGGUUUCUCUUCCUCUGACCUCCUGUCUUUCUCCUUGGAACUGGAGUUACCACUCAGAGAGGCCUGAAGUUUCUGAUAACGAUAGUCAGUAAACCUUUCCUUAAGCCUUACAAGGCACAGCUGAUAACUUGUCUAUAAAUAAGCCAGUAACUCAGGAAGCUUCUGCUUGAGAAGCUCCAUAGAACAGCAUGGGCAAACCACAACAAACAUCCACAAACAAAAACAGGAAGUUAAGACAGAAAUACCAGUUUGAGCUGAAAGAUAUCAUCGUCUGCCACCAUCUGCAUAAUACCAAUUGCCAAGUGUUAAUUGGGUGUCUUUUCCAGUGAGCCAAGUGUAGACAGUGACGUGAACAUUGCUAUAAAAGUCUUACCUUUGUGCUUCCAGAUAGUGUGUGUAUUUGCAUCUCCUCUAAGCUGGUGGUGAUGUGUAUGUGAAUGUUGUUGGCCUACAGUCAGCUUCAACAAGUACCAUUGUUCACUUGUUCUAUACAAUCCGCAUAGUAUUGUUAGUGUUAAGUAACACUGUUCAGUUUGGGUCAUGUUCUUUAUGUGCUCCAUGUUAGGAAUCUUUUUUUUUUUUAAGAGACUGUUGAAGAACUAUAGCAGAACAGUGAUUUCAAAUCUUUACCUGCUUAAAUUGACUUGAACAAGUCUGGACAGUUUUUACCAUAUGGGUAACUUUAAUUUCUGUUGUGAUUGGCAUAUGUUAAUACUUAGUGUUUUCUUUGUUCAGUUGACCACCAAGAAAAUGAUAGUUCCCUCUAAAGUAUUAAUAUGUUAUCAAAAGUGUUCUGAAAAGUACUUUGAUUUUAGCAAUAUUGUUUUAUUCAUGAUUAGGCAAAAGAUCCAAGGCAAUAUUAAGCUCAAAACAGUAAUUUGUUUCAGAGGCAAUGGAUGAAUAACAAUUAGCACAGGACUUCGUACAGCAUAAGCUUUUCAGUAAAUGUUUAAUGAACAGCUAACUCAUAACACUAAUGUGGACCAUAACAGUUGUUUAUAUAUGUUUGUGAUUUUUUUUUUAAAUCUGUGUAAAAUAAGAAUUCUUGGAUUUCACACAGAAACACAGGAAAUAGAAGUUUUCUAGAAACUAGGUUUAUACAUAAACUCAUGAUUCUUUUAAACUUCUUUUAGACUUUUUGUAACCAGUUAAAAUGAGAAAAGCUUGGGUUUGGAGAAAUGGAUGGUUCCGUGCUUUAGUUCGCUGCUCUUCCAAAGGACCAGAGAUCAGUUGCUGGCACCCUCGUCAGGCAUCUGUGGGGCUCCAGGAUGAAUAAGGCGCUCCUCUGGCUGCCUUUGACACCAACACACUGUAGCAGGCACACAUGUGCACAUAAAUUCAAAGUAGAGUAAUGUAUUUUUUUCUGAGACAAGGUUUCUCUGUCUAACAGCCCUGG